GGCAGGGCGUGGGGCUGUUGGCCAAGGGACUGGGAGAGGGUUAGGAGUCUCAGGCGGGUUCAGAGGGCACCCCACACAGACGGUGAGAACAGGGGCCUGGUGGAGGCAAUGGUUGGUGGAGCAUUGGAGAGGCUGGCGGGACUGCAGUGUCUCCGAGAAGCACGAAGGGGCGGUGUCCAGCUGUGCCCAGGAGGGGAGGGGGGCUGGGUGCCAUUUACAUCACCUGGCGGCAGGCAGAGGUGAGUGGGCACGCUCUGAUGAAUUCCUGGGCACCCACCCAUCAUACAGCUGCCUGCGGGAGGGUGGAUUGGAUGGCGUGGAGGCUGUGGAGAAAGAGUCCAAGAGUCCAUUCUUCCUGGACCUCGGCCCUCCCCUGGCCGGGGGAGGUAGGAGCCAUAAACACGGGAGGGCUUGGGCCACUGUGCCUCCUGGGAGAGGGGCUAAAGGCCAGAAGUUUGGUGCUGCAGAGCCAGGGUCCUGGUUGGGAAGUGACCAGACUGGUGGAGAAGCAGGGCAUGCCCGGGCCGGCAUCUGUCCAGCCAGGGAGGGGGUGAGUAUGUGGGCGGCACCAAGAGUAUGGACAGGCCUGCUGGUGGCACCAUUGGGUGAGCAGGACACUUGCUUUCUGGUGGGACUAUGCCUGGAGAGGGUCCCCAGAGGAGGCUGCUGGGUGCCCUCAAUGCCACACCCCCAGCCACCCCCAACCUUGGGCUGGCCACCAACCAGAUGGGCUCCCGGUGCCUGGAGGUGUGAAUCCCCAAUGGGCUCUUUCUUGGCAUUGGGCUGGUGAGCCUGCUGGGGAACAUGCUGGUGGUGGCCACCGCUGCCGAGAACCACAGCCCACUGCCCACGUACUUGCUCAUAGGCUGCCUGGCCGUGUCCUGCCUGCUGGUGAGCAUGAGCAGCUUGUUGGGGACGGUUGUCACACUGCUGCUGGAGGUAGGCACCCUGGCCACCCAGGCUGCCAUGGCACAGCAGCUGGCCAGCGUCCUCAACCUGCUCACCUGUGGCUCCUGGGUGUCUGGCCUCUGCUUCCUGGCUGCCAUAGUUGUGGACCUUGACCUCUGCGUGGACCUUGAUCUUCUCUGUGCCCUGUACCACAGCAUCGUGACGCUGCCCAGGUGUGACACGGCCGUCAGGGUGGCCAGUGUCAUCUCCAGCACCCUCUUCGUCACCUCCUGUGCCCACACGGCCAUCCUGCUGGGUCUCGUCAGCCUCCCCGUGGCCAUGUUGGUGCUCACACACAGCCCCGUGCUGCAUGGCAGGCAGUGCCUGGCCCUCCAGGGCUCUGGCCUCCAGGGCUCAGCCAUGUGCACCACCCUGCUGAGCAGCUUCCUCCUCUGCUGGGGCCCCUUCUCCCUGCACCUUUUGCUCAUUGUCCUGUGUCCUCGACACCCCACCUGCCACUGUGUCUUCAAGAACUGGCACCUCUGUCUGGCCCUUGUCAUCAUCUGCAAGGUCAUCGUGGACCCUGUCCACGCCUUCCACAGCCAGCAGCUCUGGAAGACACUCUGAGAGGCGCUGCUGUGCUCCCCAGGAGGGGAGGGCGGGUGCUGGGCCAAGGGAGGUGUGGCUGCCAAGCCUGACUGCCGUGUGGCUGGCACAGCUACCUGCCGAAGAGGGCAGACUAGAAGGUCUCCGGAGGUGUGGCCACACAGACCCACUGGGGCCAAAGAGGGAUCAGAAUGAAUGUCGGGGAGUUGGGGGGAGGCGGGCACAGGGCAGGCCCGGCUCCCUGACAGACACGCCCACUCUGGAAGGGCCCUGCCUGAACCCAGAGGCAGGUAAGGACCCACCUGGGCCCCACCCACCAGGAUGAAGAGUCUGAACCUGCAGAGGGCUGCCUCCAUGCAGCCUCCGGAGAAGGGGUCCCGUGGGGAGCAGGACCCAGACCCACAGGGCUGCUUCAGGAGGAAGUGAGGAGCUGCCCCGGGGGGAGGGCCUUGUCUGCAGGAGUGGCAGUGGGAGAGUGGGGCGGAUCUCCUCUGGGCUUCCUGUGCAGGGAGAGCUGGGGCCCGGCCCGUUUGCACCACAAGCACCCACAUGUAGUGCCAGCCAGCACCUGCUCAAGGCCAAGGCCAUCUGUCUGAAGCAGUGACUAGCACCCAGGGUCUCAGGGCUGGGAAGUGUCUGGUAAUAAAUGCUGUACUUGGAGCAGCCUCAUCA